GCACAGGAGGAAGGACCUUAACCUUUGGGCUUAUAUUGGACGUUUGGAGCUUGUUACUGCCUCCGUUGUACCACUUCCUGCCACUUUAUGCUGUUGGUUCUUUGACAAUGAUGUUUAAUUUUUGGCUUCCAGAGGAAGCACUUACUGUGUUUACUGUAGGUUGUCAUGUUAAUAAAUAUUAGUUUACUAAACCCUCAACAGAAACUUUGGCCAUAUUUUCAAAUAUCUAAAAACACUUGGCUCUUUUCAUUCUGCAAUUACUCAGUGAGGUAGAUUAUAAAGCAGCAGCCUGUGUUUUGAGUAAUUACAUUUGCCAUCUACUGAACCCACUUAACACCUUUCCUUUUUGUCCUCCUCUCACCCCGCCUCUGAGGAGAUUUACUCUGUGUAAUUUGUCAAAUGUGAUAAGGUAGUGGUUGGUGCAAUUAAGAAAGCAUGGAAUAAGCUGGGAUUUGUUGUGUAUAUUAACUCAGUGGUGAAUGCAGAGCUGUUGCUGCUGCUCCUUUACAGAAUGGGCCAAGCUGCUACUUUGCCCUGUAGGAGAGGGGAAACUUAUGUUACUGAGCUGUACGAAUGGUUCAGAAAGUUUAUUAAUGAAUGUCCAAGUGGGCUGAUCACUCUUCAUGAGUUCCAAAGGCAUUUCUGCAAUGGGACGGUGGGCAGUGAGUCGGCUGAGUAUGCAGAACAGAUAUUCCGCACAUUGGACAAUAACGGGGACGGAGUGGUUGAUUUCAGGGAGUACGUCAUGGCCAUCAGCAUGCUUAUUGAAGGUUCAGCUGUUGAGAAGCUGCGGUGGUCGUUUAAGCUUUAUGAUAAAGACAGAGACGGAGCCAUUACAAAGGAAGAAAUGCUGGAGAUCAUGCAGGCUGUUUAUAAGAUGAGUGUAGCAGCUGCUUUAACUAAACCCAACCCACUUACACCUGAGGAAUGUACCAACAGGAUAUUUGUGCGAUUAGAUAAAGACAACAACGCCGUCAUCACUCUGGAGGAGUUCAUAGAAGGAGCGCUGGAUGAUGAUUGGAUCAGGGAGAUGCUGGAAUGUGACCCCAGCACUGUGAAGGUGGAGAGGCCCCUGAGGAGGGACACCGUUUUGGGGACCCAUGGUUGACCUGAAGUGAAGUAUUCUAUUCAGUGGGAGCAGAGAAAUGAACCGCUCAAUGUUUGGACUGAUAUUUCCAUGAACUGCUGCAGCGACACAGCUUCCAUUCGCUGUGACAAAUUAUAUCACGGCCUGUUGAGUAACUUUAAGGUAGACUCUAGAGAGCAGUAGAAAAUUUAGAUGAUUAUAUGAAAAGCAUUCAUUAAAAAUAAUUGCUUUAUUAUGUAUUAUUUUUCUUUUGCCAUUUGUAUCAGUUGUCAAUUGUGUUCUUUUGUUGGUGUUUUCUUUACUGUGUCAUUUGAUCAUCUGUGUUUAUUGCAUCAUGGCUAUCAUGAAACAAUGAAAUUGUACUUGUCUUACUUUAGAUAUCCAUUCUACACGUGUGCCCAGAUCAACUUGCACCAGGUGACAGACCCAAAAUAAAUAGUAAAAGUAAAUGCUACUAUUUAUUAGUGCUUUCAAUUGGGAUGAACUACACUUUGGGUUUCUACAUUCAGCAUCUAUCUACAAAUAUUGAUAAAAUAUGAGUGAAUAAAAUGAAGUUUAUAAAGAAAACACCUAUAUUGAUAUAAUACAACUUGUAUAAACAUCCAUCCAUCUAUUAUCUGUAACCCCUUAUCCUCAUCAGGGUCAUGAUAGGGCUGAAAUCUAUCCCAGCUGGGGUACACUCUGGACAAGUCGCCAUUUCAUUGCAGGGCACACAGAGACAAACAACCAUUCAUACCUACGGGCAA